AUGGAAAAGUAUUGGAACCACGUUAUCGACCUGAAAUACCUUGGACGGAACAAAAUAAUAGUUUUUUUGAACAGCUAUACAAAAGCGAAUCUUUUUGUUGAGGACAAAAAGCUGGAAAAGCUUGGAUACAAAGUAUAUGUACCGCGACAUCUGUGUUGCGUAACUGGAGUCCUCGCGGGGAUUCCAACGGAUAUUGAUAUUCGUGAAAUAAAAGCGGAAAUUGAAUGCGACUGCCAGGUUGUAGACGUUUAUCGUUUUAACCGAUUCAGAAACGGAAUAAAGGAACCCACAACUCGAGUAAGUGUAACAUUUCGCGCUAACCAGCUACCAGAAAUGGUUAAAUUGUUCUGCUGCACUAACAAGGUGCGGCCUUUCUUGCAAAAAGUCUUGUUUUGCGAAAAUUGUCAUCGUUUUAAUCAUGAAACGGAUAACUGCAAAGGCAAACAACGGUGCUCAAGAUGUUCGCAGAUAUACGACGAAAAGGACGAAAUCUGCACAAAUCCUGUGAAGUGCCUGUACUGCAAAUCUUCGGACCAUAAAACUACUGAUGUAACAUGCCCGGAACGACAAAAGCAAAAAACGAUUAAAACAAUAAUCGCGAAACGAAGCUUAACACUUGUAGAAGCACGAGAGCUUGUCGCACCUGUUCUAACCAGCAACGUGUAUGAAGCCCUAGCUGAGAGUGCAACAGACCCCACCCCAGCAGAAAGCUUCGCUUUUAUGGCGGCAAAUAAACAUAUUAAGAAACCGAUCCAGGUAACAGGUACUAUUCCGAAAUGUAAAAUUGAAAUCCGGGAGAGAAAUGGCAAUGGACGUGUACAAACGGAACAAAGUUACAGUAGACGAAAUUUGGGGCUAAUUACUGAAAAACGGAGUAAAAUCAAUGAAUCUAGGAGUAAACAGGAUCAGGCGGAAAUGGAUAACACGGAGCAAGCAAAUGGAUGGUUCAACCCGCACAAAGUGAGCGACGCAGAACGAUAG